GGUGGGGGAAAAGAGCGCCUGCACUUGCUACCCGAACUUGGAGCAUCCUUGACCUCUGCGUGCUGUUGGAGCGAGAGCAAGGCACUUGCCUCCCUGAGCCCGUGUCCCUUCUGUCAGAAUAAGGGUCGGAAUGCCUGGGCUGGCGCACCUGUACAGCACCCAGCGCGCAGUGGGUCUCAGCCAGCGAGGAAGGAGGGUCUAGACCCGUGGCCUUACAGAGUCCAGCCUGCUCUGGGAAGAGCACCCAGUUGUCCCUGCCAGGCUGCUCAAUCCCCGCUGACAAUGGAGGAAAGAGAGGAGGAUGACACCGAAGAAGCCUGGCUGCAGCUGCAGCCCGUGGAGCCCUUGCCUUCCCAGUGCUGCGGCAGCGGCUGCUCACCCUGCGUGUUCGACCUCUAUCACCGAGACCUGGCGAGGUGGGAGGCCGCCCGCGCCAGCAAGGACAGGAGCCUGCUGCGUGGGGAGGAGGCACAGAACUGCCCCUCCAAGCUGAGUCCAGAGACCUUCCAGGCCUUCCGCAUCAGCGCCAUGGACAAGCUCACUAAGGACACCUACCGUGUUCGGUUCGCACUACCAGGGAACAGCCGGCUCGGCCUGCAGCCCGGCCAGCACCUCGUCCUACGAGGGAUGAUAGAUGACUUAGAAAUUCAGAGAGCCUAUACGCCCAUCAGCCCUGCCAAUGCGGAAGGAUACUUUGAAGUCUUAAUUAAGUGCUACCAGACUGGGCUGAUGUCCCGGUAUGUGGAGUCCUGGAGAGCCGGAGACACAGCUUUCUGGCGAGGACCUUUCGGAGGCUUCUUCUACAAACCAAACCAGUAUGGUGAGGUCCUCAUGCUGGCCGCGGGCACGGGCCUGGCCCCCAUGGUGCCCAUCCUGCAGAGCAUCACAGACAACGCAGAUGAUGAGACCUUCGUCACGCUGGUCGGCUGCUUCAAGACCUUCAAGGGCAUCUACCUGAAAACCUUCCUCCAGGAGCAGGCACGUUUCUGGAACGUCCGCACCUUCUUUGUCCUCAGCCAGGAGAACUCUCCAGAGCAGCUUCCCUGGAGUUACCGAGAGAAAACCCACUUUGGCCGCCUGGACCAGGACCUGAUUGGAGAGCUGGUCAGCGGCUGCCGGAGAAAGCCAUUUGCCUUGGUCUGUGGCUCGGCCGAGUUUACCCAGGAUGUGGCCAGGUGCUUGCUGGGCGCCGGCCUGGCCGAGGACUCCUACUUCCUCUUCUAGCUCUGGCCCUUCCAAAGCCCAAGCCUGGGGUCUGCUGCUGGGACCAGGAAGAAACCAGGCUUGGCUCCAUGCUGACCUGCCAGGCGACCUUGGGCAAGUGCCUUUACCUCUCAGAACCGCCCUGUCUCACCUGCCCCCGGCCCCUGCUGCGGACAGGGUGCUGUAGGAGCCCCGGGGAGGCGAGUGCCAUGUGGUCCGGCGCUCCUUGGAGGAAGCCACGUCCAGGCUGAGCUCCAGGAGCAGUGCAGUCCAGCCAGAGAAGGUGGGAGGAGCCUCCCUUCCCUGGGUCAAAGGGCC